GCGGCGUAGCUUUUGCAAGCGAUCUGCGUGUGCGCGACGAGCUACUGCAGGUGGCUUACGCGCUCUCGUCCCUCCCUGCCCUGUGUACCAGACGCAGAGGCCUGGCUUCAAGCUCGCGCCGUCCCCGACCGCCAACGCUACGAGGACGCCAGGCCUCGUCGACACAUCGCCACCCACCUCAGGCGCACCGUCCGCUCUACGAUGAGCCGAUGGUGCAGCUUGAGGUGCCCGUCUAGCCGAGUACAAAUGCCCGUCCACCGAGUUCAAAUGCCCUCUCCCUCGAGUAUCCCUCCCCAGCCUCGCAUCCGCCCAACAUCACCCUCACGGACUACGCAUCCUCCUCUUCCCGUGCUUCUCGCCAGCGCGCCGCAUACGCUCCCUAGCCCUCGCAUAUGUUCCUCCUACUCAUCCAUCUCUCCGCCCGUCUGUUCAACAUCCUUCGCCCUCACUUGUUCAUCGGCCUUCUCCUCUCGCCUGUCCAUCAUCCUUCUCCCCAUCGCCUGUUCAAUAUCGAAUUCCCCACGACGCUCACGACCAGCGCAUCCUACUUCUGCAUAAUUUAUCAUAUCAGCAUACCGUACAUACGUCUCGCGUUGGGGGAUACCUUCCGUACAUACAUUGUCGUCGGGGGCUUUGUGUUCUGUGCACAUCACUGCCUUCUGUACAUACUCUCAUACCGGUUUCCGCUCGUCUUGCAUAGGCGCUACCGGCCUAUCGUCGUGGCUACCUCCACCACCCUUACUGGUGAUCUUGGUUCCUCGCGUCCUCAGCCUCGCCCUCUGGCACUCAGCCUUACCCACUGGCACUCAGCCUUACCUACUGGCACUCAGCCUCACCCUCUGGCACUCAGCCUUACCCUCUGGCAUCCAGCCUUACCCUCGGCCGCUCACUCACCCUUGCCUCCAGCGCCCCACCUACCCUCCUUGUCAUAUCCCGCACCCCUCCCAUUAAACGUCGCUCCCCUGUACCGCUUCGUUGUACUUCUACUUCCUAUUGCUGUCGAUGCUUUUUGGGAUUUCCUGUUGCUGCCGAUAUAGAAUUUAAUGGUUAUACUCGGUUUCUUUGUGUAGGUUUUCGGAUAGAAUACUGUGCACAGGAAGGAAAGGUUUGCUCAGU